AUGCCAUCCUCCAUUCAUCAUGUGUUAGUGUCACUUCUUAUUUGUGUUCUUUGGACAGAACCUACCAUAGCAAUCAAACAGUCCUAUAUUGUAUACUUAGGAUCACAUUCUCAUGGUCCAGAUCCUUCAUCAUUUGAUAUUGAAUCUGCCACAAACUCUCACUAUGAUUUACUUGGAUCUUACCUUGGAAGCACUGAGAAGGCCAAAGAAGCAAUAUUUUAUUCUUACAAUAAAAAUAUUAACGGCUUUGCUGCAAUACUUGAUGAAGAUGAAGCAGCUGAGGUUGCAAAGAAUCCUAAUGUUAUAUCAAUUUUCUUGAACAAAAAACAUAAACUUCAAACAACGCACUCAUGGGAUUUCCUUCGGUUAAAGAGCAAUGGUGGAAUUCGAAAGGAUUCAAUAUGGAAGAGAUCAUUUGGUGAAGAUAUUAUCAUUGGAAAUAUAGAUACGGGUGUUUGGCCUGAAUCCAAGAGUUUCAGUGAUGAAGGGAUGGGACCAAUCCCAAAAAAAUGGCAUGGAAUUUGUCAAGUUGAUAAACAAAAUCAAGAUAAAUUUUUCUGCAACAGGAAGCUUAUUGGAGCAAGAUAUUUUUACAAAGGAUUUUUAGCAAGUCCAAGUGGUGGUAAAGGUCUCCACAGUGUAUCAUUUAAUAGUGCACGUGACAUUGAUGGUCAUGGUACACAUACUUUAUCAACUGCCGGAGGAAAUUUUGUUGCUAAUGCAAGUGUAUUUGGCUAUGGCAAUGGAACAGCAAGUGGUGGAUCGCCAAAAGCACGAGUUGUAGCCUAUAAGGUUUGUUGGGAUUCAUGUUAUGAUGCAGAUAUUUUGGCUGGUUUUGAAGCUGCCAUAAGUGAUGGUGUCGACGUGCUUUCAGUGUCUUUGGGUGGUGAUUUUCCUGUUGAAUUUUACGAUAGCAGUAUUUCCAUAGGGUCUUUCCAUGCAGUUGCCAAUAACAUAAUUGUUGUGGCUGCUGGAGGAAAUUCAGGACCUGCUCCUAGUACUGUAUCCAACUUGGAACCAUGGGUGUUUACAGUUGCUGCAAGUACAAUUGAUAGAGAGUUCACUAGUUUUGUUACCCUUGGUGACAACAAAACACUCAAGGGUGCUAGCCUUUCAGAGUUGGAAUUGCUGCCUAAUAAGUUGUAUCCAUUGAUAACUGGUGCUGAUGUCAAAUAUGAUAAUGCAUCUUCCAAAGACGCCCUAAAUUGCGAGGGUGGAACUCUUGAUCCACAAAAGGCUAAGGGGAAAAUAUUGGUUUGUUUUCAAGUUCCAGAUGAUUGUCACUUUCUUUGUAGAACUCAUAAGGGUGUGGAAGCUGCUCGUGUAGGUGCUGUUGGAAUUAUUUUGGCUAAUUCAGAUAAGGAUUCAGGGAGUGGAAUUCAAGCUGAUCCUCACGUGCUUCCAUCUUCAUAUGUUAACUUUAUAGAUGGCAGUUACAUUUUUAAUUACAUUAACCACACCAAGUCUCCUGUGGCUUACAUUUCUAAAGUGACAACACAGUUGGCUACAAAGCCAGCUCCUUUUAUAGCAUCUUUUUCAGCAAGAGGACCAAAUCUCGUUGAGCCAACAAUCCUCAAGCCUGACAUCACCGCACCAGGAGUCGACAUAAUUGCUGCUUAUAGUGAAAAUAUAUCUCCCUCGGAACAAGAAUAUGAUAAACGCAGAACUCUUUUCAAUAUUAUGUCAGGAACUUCAAUGUCAUGUCCUCAUGUUGCUGGUCUUGUUGGGCUAGUAAAAUCUCUUCAUCCUAAUUGGAGUCCUGCUGCUGUCAAGUCAGCAAUCAUGACAACAGCAACAACAGAAGACAACACUGGGGGACCUAUUUUGGAUUCAUUUAAGGAAAAGGCAACUCCAUUUGACUACGGAGCAGGACACAUUCAACCUAAUCGUGUGGUCGACCCUGGACUUGUAUAUGACCUAAAUAUUACUGACUAUAUGAACUUUUUGUGCGCUCGUGGCUACAAUAGUUCCAUGCUUAGGUUUUUCUAUGGCAAGCCCUACACUUGUCCAAAAUCCUUCAAUUUGAAAGAUUUCAACUAUCCAGCAAUCACAAUUCUGGACUUUAAAGUCGGACAAUCUAUAAAUGUUACUCGUACUCUUACAAACGUGGGGUCUCCAAGCACAUAUACCGCACAAAUCCAAGCUCCCCCGGAAUAUGUAAUUUAUGUUGAGCCUAAGACGCUGAGCUUUAAUCAAAAGGGCGAAAAGAAGGAGUUCAGAGUUACAUUAACCUUCAAGCUGCAAAGUAAGGAUAAGUCUGAUUAUGUCUUUGGAAAGUUAAUUUGGACCAAUGGAAAGAACUAUGUUGUUGGGAUACCUAUUGCACUUAACAAUCCACAUUAGUGAGGUAUUAGUUUCAUAAUAAUACAUUUGCUACCAACUAUUAAAAGUGAUGUAUUUCUUUUUCUUCCCAUUGCAAUAAAGGUUUUUUUAUGGUAUUUGCAAUGCACGAGUUCUCUCAAGAUGGAAGGGAAUAUGCAAUGUUCAGUUUUCGAAUGUUUUAAG